AUGAGCGAACAUACUCUCGACACCGAAGCCCUCCUGAGGGAUUCCUACAAAUAUGGCACAUCGUUCUUCUCUCCAGUCUCCCAGAAGGAUACACAGACGCUUAAAACAUACCUCUUGGGAUCCCCACUCAGGAACUCCCUGGCACCUCUCCUACACAACACCCUAUUCUCCUUGGCAGGAGCGGCAUGCACAUACGAAGCGAUUGAAACGGACAACAGCGAAAAGCUCCUAGAGCUUCUCGUAAAACCAGACUCUCUCGGAACGGCCGUGACAAUGCCCCUGAAAGUCCGUUCUAUGGACAUGGUGGACGCGGUAACGGACGAGGCACGAUCUAUCGGCGCCAUUAACACCGUGUUUAUCCGGCGAGGUGAUAACGGUCGCUCGCGCCUGAUCGGAACUAACACGGACUGCAUCGGCGUAAAAGAAUCAUUUCUGCAAAACGUUGACGCCAAGGACCUUGCUUUUGGUUCCAGUCAACCUGGUCUGAUCAUUGGGGGCGGGGGUGCAUGUCGCUCUGCGGUCUACGCUCUCCAUUUUGUUUUGGGUGUCAAGACGAUAUACCUUGUGAACAGGUUAAAGGAGGAGAUAGAUGAUAUCAUUGAGUCAUUCAGGCGAGUACCAGACUUCAAGGCGAAGCUUCAGUUCGUGGAUACGGUAGAAUCCGCAGCAGAGCUCUCCAGACCUUACUUGGUGGUUGGUACCGUUCCUGACCGGGAUCCUGAGACAGAGGCGGAGAUUCUCGCAAAGAGGAUUGUGGAUACUCUCAUGGGAUGUGAUGCAGGAGGGAUGCAGAAGAGCCAGGGGGUCGUGCUGGAAAUGUGUUAUCAUCCUCGCGUGCAGACUUCAUUUUAUCAGUUCGCGGAGAGAAAUGGCUGGCGAGUCAUUUCUGGAACAGAGGCGAUGAUCUGGCAGGGAGUUGCCCAGCAUAUUCUCUGGACAGAGAAGGGUGAGGUGUUUGAAAAAGAAUCUACGCUAUCUACAAUACGCGCUAAGAUCAGAGAUGCCCUGAUGCGGAGGAACUGA